GUUUGUGUCGCCGUCUGAUGCAAACAACUAUGGGCCCAGCAAAGCAAAGCAAACGGACCCAUAUCGCCUUAAGACAACUGCCAGUCUUCCCAGCAGUAGUUGGCACCUUCAACUAACUCACGACGUAUUCCAUUGCAUUCGAAGGCCGCAAAGCGGCUCAACAUGGCCAACGAAAGUACCGCCGCACCUACUUCCGAGAACAUCAGCCAUUCCUCUCGCCAUGGCAGGUGCAGCACUCCCCACGCCGACGAAAGCACCGCCGCACCUACUUACGAGAACAUCUACCACGCCUCUCCCCCAAGAACAACAAGCGACGCGCCACUCCUGCCUCACGCCCACUCCGCCCUCUCCACAGUCACGGAUAUAGCCUCCUCCGCAGCAUCCACUGUCAAGACCACCGCAUCCUCCGCCCGAAAGUGGACCGAGGCAAAAGUCGAGAAGUUGAAUGCGAAGAAGGAUGACGGAACGGGUCCGUAUGGCAGCGUGAGUACGUGCGCGCCGAGCGAUUUGGAUCCUAUCGGGCAGGGUGUGUUGCCUGCGCUGCCGGUGGCUAAGAAGGAGGAUGCCGGGAAGGAAAGGUAGACAUAUCGAGAUUGAUGGGGCUAAUGAAGGAGAAGGGACUGGUUCCAGGACAAGAGCGGGGAAAACUAGGUGGUUGGCAUAGA